AUGGAGAAUAUAUCUUUCGCGAACACCCGCAGCGGUGCUCCGGUUGUAUGUAACGAAUCCAUGGACUACUAUUAUCUGAGCACGACUAACCGGACAGAUCUGAACUGCACGCCGCAAUCAGAGUUAUACUUUUAUGCUGACCUCUACGUGGUCCUGCCGGUGAUAUAUUCUGUGAUAUGCGCCGUGGGGUUAACGGGGAACACUGCGGUUAUCUACGUUAUCCUCAAAGCGCCCAAAAUGAAAACCGUGACCAAUAUGUUUAUCCUAAACUUGGCGAUAGCCGACGACCUGUUUACCCUGGUCCUACCCAUCAACAUCGCCGAGCACCUGCUCCACUACUGGCCCUUUGGAGAGGUGCUGUGUAAGAUCAUUCUGAGCAUAGACCACUACAACAUAUUUUCCAGUAUCUACUUCCUGACGGUCAUGAGUGUGGACCGUUAUCUGGUCGUCCUGGCGACGGUGCGUUCCAAGCGCAUGCCCUACCGUACCUACCGCGCGGCCAAGAUAGUGAGCCUGUGCGUCUGGAUCCUCGUGAUUCUAAUCGUAAUGCCGUUCACGGUAUUCGCUGGGGUCUACAUCAGUCCGGACGACUCGGACCGGAAAAGCUGCGUCCUCAGCUUCCCGAGCCCGGAGAGUUUGUGGUUCAAGGCGAGCCGGAUAUACACCCUGAUCCUCGGCUUCGCCAUCCCCGUGUCGACCAUCUGUAUUCUCUACACCAUGAUGCUGUACAAACUACGGAACAUGCGCCUCAACUCCAACGCCAAGGCUCUGGACAAGGCUAAAAAGAAAGUCACUAUUAUGGUGUUUAUAGUUCUAGCGGUGUGUCUGUUCUGUUGGACCCCGUUUCACCUCAGCACCAUAGUGGCUCUCACCACCGACCUGAGGACCACUCCGCUGCUCAUCGGGUUGUCCUACUUUAUCACCAGCCUCAGCUACGCCAACUCUUGUCUGAACCCUUUUCUUUAUGCCUUCCUGGAUGACAGCUUCAGGAAAGCUUUCAAGAAGAUGCUAGAAUGUAGACCGGCAGGAAUGUAG